CAGCUCUGCUCUCUGUGUGCUUGUGUUUCUGCCGGCCCACACUCAACUCUCCGUGCCUCUCUCCCUCUCUCAGUCUUACUCACUCCAAUAACAAUGAGUGUUCACCGCAGCAGUGUCAGGGGACCUUCCACUGGGUAUAGCCAGUCCAUCACUCGCACCUCUGCUCCCGUCUACCGGGCCGCCAGUUCCUAUGGCGGUGCUGGGGGCACGGGCACACGCAUCUCCUCUGUGUCCUACUCGGGCGUGCGCAGCGGAAUUGGAGGCCUGGGGACGGGGGGCUCCGGGGGCUCCGUGUCCAGCAGUGUCCAGGUGAGCGCCAGCGGGGACACCGCCGACAUCAUGGGCAAUGAGAAGUUCGCCAUGCAGAACCUCAACGACCGCCUGGCCUCCUACCUGGAGAUGGUGAGGAACCUGGAGCAGGCCAAUGGCAAGCUGGAGCUGAAGAUCAGGGAGGCCAUGGAGAAGAGAGGCCCGGACACCAACGACUACAGCCGCUACAACGUCAUCUUGGAUGACCUGAGGAAGAAGGUGUUUGAUGCCACCACCGAUAACGCCCGGCUCUGUCUGCAGAUAGACAAUGCCCGCUUGGCUGCCGAUGACUUCAGGGUGAAGUUCGAGUCUGAACUCUCCAUCCGCCAGUCUGUGGAAGCUGACAUCGUCGGCCUCAGGAAGGUCAUCGAUGACACCAACAUCGGCCGCAUGAACCUCGAGAGUGAGAUCGAAACUCUGAAGGAGGAGCUUAUCUUCCUGAAGAAGAACCAUGAGAACGAGGUGAUGGAGAUGCGUAAUAUGAUCUCCCAGUCCGGAGUGCAGGUGGACGUGGACGCUCCCAAAGGUCAAGACCUGGCUGCCAUCAUGGCCGAAGUCCGGGCCAAGUACGAGAAGGAGGCGCUGAAAAACCAGGAGGAGCUCAAAGCGUGGCACGAAUCACGGAUCACAGAGGUUCAGUCCGUGGUGUCACAGAACACAGAAGCCCUGCAAGGCGCAAUAACAGAGACGAACGACCUCCGCAGACAGCUGCAGACGCUGGAGAUCGAGCUGGACUCACAGAAGAGCUUGAAGGGAUCUCUGGAAGGCACACUGCGCGACACAGAGAUGCGCUACAACAUGGAGAUGGAGUCCCUGAACCACAUCCUCACGGGCCUGGAGGCUGAGCUGACCAACCUGCGCUCCAACAUCCAACAGCAGACGCAGGAGUACGAGCACCUGCUCAACAUCAAGAUGAAGCUGGAGGCUGAGAUCGCUACAUACAGGAGACUACUGGACGGGGGAGACUUCAAGCUCCAGGAUGCUCUGGAGGACCAGCGGACAGUGAAGACCAAGGUGAUGACAGUCACACAGACCCUGGUGGAUGGGAAGGUUGUCUCCUCCAGCACAGAGACCAAGGAGAGGAACCUGUGAGAACGCCCCACCGUCCUGACCGUACAACAUCGAUCGGCAGCCCUAAGGCAGAAGAUAUCAUUUAGCUGGAUAGGAUGAAAACUAAGAGAAAUCUCAUCACUUUAUUUAUUUCAUGAAUGUUUCCAUUUGGGCCUUCAGUUUGUUUUUCAUAACACGCUUCAUAUGUACGCAGCUGGCGUGGAUAUUAGAUUACAGCAUGAGUUCAGAAAACUGAAAUGAGGAAGUUAGCAAAACUGAUACGAUUUUGGACUUCUCAAACUGACUAUUGGAUAAACUAACAUUUCUUUGUCAAAAACCUUCAUCUUUGUUUACUUUCUGUCCAGCAGAAUUUGCCAGAUUUGAUCUUUGUACCUUCAUUUGUAGAAUAAAAUUGUCCCCAGAAUCUAGGAA